AUGCUUGUUACACGCCGUUGUGGUGAAUCGACCGCUAUUACAUUGGAGAACACCUUAAUAUCAUUGGGACGAAAGAAACGUGCUAACAGGGAUGCUGAUUUAUCAGUAAAGUUCAUGGCCCUGCAGACCGCACAAUCCCGGGAACCUGAACAAACGUUAGUACACAACCUCGCGUCGAAAAAUCUUACUGUGGCCCAAACAAAAGUUCUACAACAUGGAUCGGGUUUUAACACAACUGACGCCGACCCGGUCACAUUCAUUGCUUCUUUCGAAUCUGUGCUACGUCAAACCGGCGCCACAGACGAGACAAAAGACCUCCUCCGACAUCGAGUAUCUUCACUUCUCAUGUCACACCGAAAAACCCAUUCGCUGCUAAGAGAUGAACAAAAGGCCCUAAGGGAGUUGAAAGCGGACACCGAGAUAGUUAUUCUGCCUGCUGACAAAGGUCGAUCAACCGUUAUCCUUGACAAGGUGGAUUACCGAAACAAAGCGCUCAUGCUGCUCAACGACCGGGAGUCCUACAUGGUCAGCGACGCCGCCAGUCUAAAGUCCCUACUGACGAGGGUUAACAGGGUUCUGUCUCGACUAAAGAAGGAAAAAGUCAUCACCGUCAAAGAAUGGUAUAUGGCAAAGCCCACAGAAAAACCGAUGGCGAGAUUCUACGGUCUUCCAAAGGUACACAAGCCAGAUGUUCCCCUCCGACCAAUCGUCUCACUCCGAGGCACACCUACGUACGGGCUCGCAAAUUGGCUGUUUCAGAAGCUAGGAUUCCUAACCGCGGGCUCAGAAACAACCGUAAACUCAGCAGAGCAAUUCCUCGACAAAAUAAGGGCGGUCACGAUCGAACCGAAUGAGAGGAUGGUGUCAUUUGACGUCGUCUCACUCUUCACGUCCAUACCACAGGCCCUUGCGGUCGAGACGCUCAGUGACCAGCUUCGUCAGAAUUACGACGAGGGCGAUGGCCAGCCCACAGCUCAGGAUCUCAUAGAACUAAUGGGGCACUGCCUCAAGACAUUUUUUACCUUCGAGGGGAUCACCUAUGAGCAAAUUAAGGGCACUCCGAUGGGUUCACCAAUCUCCGGACUCAUUGCCGAGGCCGUUCUGCAAAAACUCGAGAAACGACUGUUCGGGGAAUACAAACCCAAGUUUUGGGUGCGCUACGUUGAUGAUACCUUCGUACUCAUCGAUCAGGAUAAAAUUAGCUACUAUGAAGAACUAUUGAACUCAAUCACCCCCGACCUACAGUUCACGAUGGAAGAAGAAGUGGAGAGCAAACUUUCAUUUUUGGAUGUUCUCAUCUGCCGCCAACCAGACGGUAAACUGGCGACUUCAGUCUACAGAAAACCGACAAACACGCUGCAAAUGCUCAGUUACAACAGCAACCACCCACUGCAACACAAACGAAGCUGUGUGCGCACACUAUACCGACGGGUGGAAACUCAUUGCAGCACUCCAGUCGCCAAACUGGACGAGAUGAAGCUCCUGCAAGAACUCUUCAGAGCCAACGGCUAUCCGCGAACAUUCGUUGAACGGAGCCGAAAGCAACCAAGGAAGCGGAAUGAUGAACCUAUUCAGCCAAAAUCGUGGCGGAGCAUUCCAUACAUGAAAGGGGUCUUCGAAGCCGUAGCCAGAUCCCUCGCGCCGCUCGGAAUAGGCGUUGCCCACAGGCCCGACUCAACAAUCCGCCGGCAAGUGAUGCGGCCAAAAGACCCGAUCCCUAAACAGGAGAUGUCGGCUGUUGUCUACCGACUUCAGUGCAGCUGCGGAAUGCGUAACUACGUUGGGGAAACCGGCCGACGGCUGCAAACACGCAUGCACGAGCAUAAGUUGGCCGUGCGAAGGUUGGACCCAAAGUCGGAGGUAGCAACCCAUGCCGCCCAAAUGGGACACGUCUUCACCUUUGACGCCGUUGAAAUUGUGGGCCGAGGAGAUGAUCAUACGGCAAGGCAGGUGCAAGAAGCCUGGAUGUCUACCGACUGCUCUGUCAACCGCCACAUCAAUUUACCUCCCCCUUAUCUGGUUUUACGGACAUUCUUGACGGGGGACAGUCACGGCGCGGGACAAUCGGGGCCGCCAAUUAUCACCGCGGCCGACGAAGAUGGGCGGAAUUCAGGUCAGAGUGACAUGCGGGUCGGAUGCAGCCACGCAGGCGGCAUUGAUGGGCCAGGCUUUGAACAAAGUGCGCCAUAA